AUGGGUUUGCCAGCCGUGGGAAUUCCCACCCCCCUCUUCAUGGACGACGACUCGAAAUGGCAAGCCGUACAGUCACGCGAUCCCGACGCCGACGGCUUCUUUGUCUACGGAGUCCGCACCACAAAGGUCUUCUGCCGCCCAACCUGCAAAGCUAGGCUGGCUCGCCGUGCAAAUGUGCGUUUCUACGCCACGGGAGACGAGGCCAAGCAGAACGGCUUUCGAGCCUGCAAGCGAUGUAAGCCCGAGGUGCUGGGCCUGAUGCCUGAGGAGGAAGCAGUGCAAAAGAUUCGGGCUUUUGUGCGGCAUCAUCAGGCUGUCAGCGACGGGAACCAGGAUAUGGGGGAAAUGAAGAUGAGCCUGAGUCAAAUGGCGAAGAAGACGGGUCUGUCCAAGUGGCAUUUCCACCGCGUCUUCAAAAAGUGCGUGGGCAUCACCCCCGUGGAAUACUUGAAGACAUUGCGAGACAUGGCCGCCAGCUUGAGUCCCGGGACUGGGAGCGAGAGUGGGUUGAGCUGGACAGAUCAGCUCGACCUGGUCAACCUCGACGAUAUGGACUUUGACUUUGGAUUUCUCAACGAUGCCCUGGCCCUCGACGCGAAAGCCGAUUGCGCAGAAGCGUCAGCCUCGAAUGCCUGUCCGCUCUUCACUCUGGACGAUCUUUUGGUGUGGCCGGAGAAUUUGCCAACAAAGUAA